AUGAUCAAGUUUCGGUAUAAGCGUAAAGAGUCGAGUGAUGGCGGCAAGAGUGGGACAGCAAUACAAAAGCAGAAAAUCGAGGGUCUUCGAGAUCGAGAAUUGCUGCCACCGAAAGACAUGUUGCUGACCGGCUCUCUGGCAGGCGUUAGGAACAACACUUUACCACGUUCACGUCCAGCCAGUUCAGCAAGACGAGAACCUGCUGAAUCGCUUGUCAAUCAAACAACAAUUUCAUUAUUUAGAGAGUUAUUUACUCAGCUGCAAUGGUCUGCCGAACGCGCGCCGGCUGCGGAUGCCCUCCGUCGUGCUCUUGGUGGCGGUGGUGCUCGUUUCCAGCUGGGUUGCAUGGCCGACGCUAGCGAAUGUUUCGAGCACUUACUCCUUCGAGUCCAUGCUCACGUGGCUGCUGGUUCCGGUGACAGAAGAGAUGAUGAUGCCUGCAGGGCGCCACACUGCGUACCCCACCGUAAAUUCGCUAUGAUGCUUGUUGAGCAAUCAGUAUGUGGCGCCUGUCAAGCAACUUCAGAACCUCUGCCAUUCACUCAGAUGGUUCAUUACGUAUCGGCAACAGCAUUAACAGCUCAAGCAGCACUAGGUGAACAUGGAGACAGUUUUGGACUGCUACUUCGAAAAGCUGGAGGAAUGGGCGAUAUCAGAGACUGCCCAAAUGCCUGUGGGGCCAAGAUACAAAUAUGCAGAACCUUAAUGAAUCGUCCUGAAGUAGUGUCCAUCGGUAUGGUCUGGGACUCAGAACGGCCUGCGGCGGAGCAUGUGGCAGCGGUGUACGCGGCGCUUGGUACUGAAUUACGGCCAACUGAUGCUUUCCAUGCGUGUGUCGAUCGCGCGUGGGCCGCGCGAGCUACGCACAGACUUGUUGGGCUCGUGACAUACUACGGCAAGCACUACUCCACCUUCUUCUUCCAUAGUAAACUCCGCCUAUGGAUAUACUUCGAUGAUGCGGACGUCAAAGAAAUUGGUCCGGAGUGGUCACACGUUGUGGAAAAAUGUCAGAGAGGACGAUUCCAACCACUCCUACUCUUAUACGCAGCGGUUGAUGGAACGCCGUGUGACACUCGUCAUGCUCCUAAAGAUGUUGUUCCAUUUCCUGCCCCUGAGCCACGACGUGCGGUAACACCUGCACCUGAACGUCCAACCACAGGAUUUGCUCGACGAGCAGUUACACCAGGCCCUGAUAACGAGCAUGACUAUGUUAGUAGAAAAGCCGUUGAAAACAUACUAGACGUUCAAGCUAAUCGACGAGCGCAACAACUAGCAAGAAGUUUAAGUACUGGUUCUGGAUCUGACACACAAGAGAGGUCACGAGCAAGGAGGGACUCGGGAAAUUGGAGUGGUGACCGGAAUAGCGCAUCAUCUGCCUCGUCAUCAACUGUUGAAAGCCCAUAUAUGUAUCCUAGAAGUCGAGGUGCUGGUAGCGUUCCUGGAAGCCCAACCCGCAAAGGGGAACUCUCCAGUGGAGGCUCCUGUGAUGCGGGGUAUGACUCAUAUUCCCUGUCAUCCACUGAUAGCCUUCCCCUGCAACAGGGUUUACGUCACAACUUACAAAACUUACCACUAGCUCAAAUACCUGAAAUAACUACACGGGGCCAUUGUGAAGCUCUUUGUUUAGAAGCUGACGGGUUAUUAGAAAAGUCUCGUCAUGCAGAAAACUCGGCUGAUUACGAAAAUGCUUUGGUUUUAUGUGACGCAGCUGCUUCUAAAGCUCGUGCAGCAAUGGAUGCUCCUUACAACAAUAGUCAUAUGGUAACAUUUGCUCGCAUGAAACACAACACUUGCGUGAUGCGUACUCGCAGUCUUCAAAGACGAAUGGCAGGCAUGACCAGAGUCACUGAGAUUCCUCAAGCAGCUCCGAUCAGGAAUACAAAAGGGGGCCUAGAAAGUUCACCGGUCACAAUCGAAAUCUACGCCACGUUGCCGAAAAAGAAAGGAUCCUCAAAAAAAUCUCCUAAAUGUAUUGAGGAUGAUAUCGAUACUAUUCCACGUGACCGACCUCCGAGACAUAAAUCUAGGGAUGAGGAUAAAGUUAGAGAAAAGCGAUCUAGAAGCGAGGACAGAAGUAGAGGUCGAAAAGAACCCAUCGUCGUAAAAAUUAAUGAGAAAAAAGAGGAAUCUGCAGAAGAUAAAAAAGCUAAUAAGAAACAACACAAAAUUCGUAGAAAAUUAUUGAUGGGUGGCUUAAUACGAAGAAAGAAUAGAUCAAUGCCAGAUUUGACUGAAGGUGCCGACGGAAACGCUGAAACAACGAACAAAGAAAAACGUGUCUCAUCAGUUGAUGACACUGAAGUCGGCCGUACGGUUGAAGACAAAACAAAUCUUAGUGGAUAUUUAUCAGAGGGACAUUUAGAAUAUUCAGUUACCAGCGGUACUAACCCAAACCUUGAGAGAAGUAAAUUGAUGCGAAAGAGUUUUCAUGGCAGCGCUGGUAAAAUGCUAACAGCGGCCAAAGUACCCCCACCACCACCUCUACGAACUACUUCUCAACUUACCGCUCCCAAAUACGCCUACAUGGAACAUGGAAAAGCCACUUACCCUAAUGAAAUUGAAGAAGAUGGCGGUUUUUCAGAGCAAUACGGCGAUGAGCCCCAGUCACUUCCAUUCCUUCAUUCUUACGAAGAGAAAUCUGCCGGUCACUAUGAUAGGCUAGACAACUCACCUUCACAAAAUUUCCACACAGUAGUGACAAAAGCUAUGAUUCAUCAAGAACAAAGUCCAGUAAAGAGAGACACUUUACCGCCAAUACAACCACAACAUAAUACAAUACAAACUUAUAAUACAAUACAAAACCUCACUAACACUUUCGAUAACGGUGUUGAUGUGGUAGAUUGCGCAAUGCCUAGAAGAUCACCCACAAUGUUCGAACUGCCUCCUUAUCCUAGUCCUAUGAACUCUGUCAACCACUCGCGACAACCCAGUGAGGAGUUUCCACCUCCUCCUCCACCCAUUGAUCUAACGCCGUUGCAUGAUGAGCUAGAAAUGAUCCAAAGCCUUGACCCAAACUUUGAUAGAGAUGUUCCUGGCAUAAAAGGCUUGCUACUCUCGAAUUUGCAAGAUAAAAGGAAUCAAAUACUCAGAAAUACAUGUGAACCACUACAAGUAGAACAUCAUGUUGAAAAGUUAACUACUCCACCAUCAUUGUUAAAAGAGCUGCAAGCUAAACAAGCAGCAUAUAAGUUGAAGAGAUCUGGAUCACUGGAAAGACAAUUAUCGGGUCCCGAAGAAAAUCACUUGGUGUUCGAGAAUAAUAACAACGUAAGGAGUAUAGCUUCCAGAUUCGAAAGCAACUCCCCAAAUAUGAGCCAAGAAGGUGACAGAUCACAAUUAGGUUUCGUGGGUAUGAGUGGCAAUAGAGAUGUUAUAAACUGCUCCGACCAAUCAAAUGCUGGACUUAACCGACGGGCAUCUGCUUCUUCCAUUGAAUCUAAACAAAUCGAAGAAGAGUCUUGCGAUCCGAAGUCCGUCACUAACGCUUGCAGUGACCGUUCUUCUAAAUCUAAAAAGAAAUCGGUAUCCUUCUGUGACCAGGUAAUCCUAGUAUCUACAGCCGAAGACCAAGAAGAUGAUAGUUAUAUUCCAAACCCUAUUUUAGAAAGAGUCUUGAAAUCGGCUUUGAAUAAACCCGAAUUGACAACAAUGCCUCUGCAAUCAGAUAAGCCAUCUCUCCAGCGGCAAGACUCCUUCGACAGUCAAUCUUCGCGUUCAACGAUAUCCUCGUUAUCACAAAACUCGUAUGUGGCUAAUAACAAUCCACAACAAGAACGUGCUGAGUAUGUCCGUCUACAUUACAACCAACCGACUUACCAACCGACACAGAAUCUUUUGCAACAACAGUACAAUAUGCAGAAGAAUAGCAAUGUUUACGGUACAAACUCAGCACUGCAAACUGCACAAAGUCAAACCCAUAACAAUAAUCAGAACUGCCCAUCUCUUGCUACCAAUACACCACUAAACACUACGAGUCCAAUACCAUACACUCAACCCCCGUCAGUAUAUGCCAAUCACAGCAACUCAAGCCCACCGAACUUUAGCCAAAAUCCUGCGAAUAGACUGACUCCCAUACAACACAAUGUUUACAUGUCAAAGCAUCCCAGUAAUUUACAGAAGUCAGAGCCUAACAUAUGUCAGCAUCAACCUUCUCAACUUCAACUGAACCAGCCAAAUCAAACGAUCACCAACGCGUACUACCACAGAGUACCACAAACAUCGUCUGCUUCGACAAUGCCUAACACAAAUUACAACACAAACCGGCAAUACUCAUCAAGUAGCAACCAUUCGCCUUAUCAAAGCGUGCCCACCAAUUUACCGGCUUAUCAAAGCUCUCAUAACCCACCGACUAGCUACGUAAGUUCCGAAUAUUCUAGUCGAUAUCCAUGGCCGAACAACAGUACAAAUCACUACACACAGUCACCAUAUCAGAGAGUACCGCCACCUCACGGCGAGUUACCUAUAGACAUCGAUACAUAUCCACAGAAAAGGCCAACGAAUUAUAGUGUAGAAGACACCCAACCUCGCAUACAAGAUACGAGGCAUUAUGCCAACUCGCAGCAGCAGCGCUUGUACAACCAGAACCCAGACAUGGAUGUAACCAAUGAGCAAGGACAAUACCAGUACAACCAAAACGGUUACAACCCAUAUCAACACAUACCGCUUAUACAACCGAAACAGAUGCAGAAAAAGUCUGUGUCGUUCGAACCUGGUACGAAGGGAGGGACAGAUUCGCCAAUUCCUCCCCAAAUGAACAUCACCCCUCGUUGGAUGGCAAUGGCGGUUAACGAAGGACAAACGGCACAAAAAAGCCUAUGUAACUUGUGUCGAAAGAAAACUGUAAACCCUCCAGCGAUGUACUGUCCAGAUUGUGACUUCUAUAUGUCUAGGUUCAAGCCCCGUUCAUAG